GCGCGCAGAUACAUAUUGAAUACAUUAUAGCAGACAGACAGACACAGUGCUGGCUGGAAGAACGUUUCGCUACAAUGUAGAUUUAUGUGUGUUCUUCCUAACGCCCUAACAAGUACGAGCACUGUGUCGGCAUCUCGAAAUGCAUCCUGCGACAAACAAUUCUUCAUUUGUUUCCCUCUCCAUACUCGUUCGUAUGUAGCCUACCAAUGUAGGCUGUAGACAACCGCGGAGCACCUUUACGUGGAGUAAUCUGGAAAGUUAAUUGGAUCGUGGGCCUCGCGACGACACUUCGGUGUUUUGCAGACUCGCUUCCCACAUUCUUUUACAGUGCGCGAGGAAGUGAGAGGACUGACUUGGCGAGAAAUUGCCGACAAUGAACGUGGAAUUACCUCCAGUUGCAACAUGGCUGCUGCUUAGAUGUUUAUUGAAAAAGUUCAGCCCUGAACAUUAAGAAAGUUUUUUUUUUAAAUAAUCCACUUCGCGAAAAAUAACUUUUCUGGCAUAAUUCGUCCCAGGAUUGGACUGGACUGGACUGAUCAGAGCGAGUCUAACGUUAGCUCGCCUUCAUUCAGUUUGGUCCCUACAUGACAGCAAACCAACACCGAGAGCCUUCCGUGAACCUUCUCGCUCUUAACAGCAUUCAGCUUCGUCAGGGACGUGUAAUCUAACGGUAGAAAAUGCAUUUCUCCAUCCCCGAGACGGAGGUCCGAUCUGAUGAAAACGGAUCUACAUAUGUGGCUUACAAUAUCCAUGUGAAUGGAGUCUUGCAUUGUCGAGUACGUUACAGUCAACUCCUGGGCCUCCAUGAACAGAUCAAAAAAGAAUAUGGAAAUAAUGUGGUGCCGGCUUUUCCACCAAAGAAGAUCUUCACUCUCACGCCGGCUGAAGUCGAUCAGCGGAGAGAACAGCUGGAGAAGUACAUGCAAGCUGUGCGUCAGGACCCCAUUCUGGGAUCGAGCGAGGUGUUCAACAGCUUUUUGAGAAAAGCUCAACAGGAGACCCAGCAGAUCCCCACUGAGGAGGUGCAGCUAGAAAUCUACCUGUCCAAUGGCCAGAAGGUCAAAGUCAACAUCCUCACAUCUGACCAGACCGAAGAUGUUCUGGAGGCUGUGGCCUCAAAGCUUGACCUUCCUGAUGAGCUGGUGGGAUAUUUCAGCCUUUUCCUGGUUCAGGAGCGGGGGGAUGGGGGCUGCACGUACGUGAGAAAACUGCAAGAAUUUGAGCUGCCCUACGUGUCCAUCACCAGCCUGCAUAGUCCCGACUACCGUAUUGUCCUCCGUAAAAGCUACUGGGACACAGCGUACGACAGUGAUGUCAUGGAUGACCGUGUGGGACUCAACUUGUUAUAUGUUCAGACGGUGUCUGACAUAGAGCGGGGAUGGAUCAUUGUGAACAAAGAGCAGCACAGACAGCUGAAAUCCCUACAGGAAAAAGGCUCAAAGAAGGAGUUCAUCAGAUUGGCUCAAACACUGAAGUACUACGGCUAUAUCAAGUUUGAUCCCUGCGUCACAGAUUUUCCAGAGAAGGGCUGUCAUGUUAUAGUCGGUGCCGGCAACAAUGAACUCAACUUUCAUGUCAAACUGCCCAGCGAACAGAUGAAAGAGGGAAGCUUCAAAGUCACGCGCAUGAGAUGCUGGCGGGUCACUUCAUCUCAGGUGCCUGUGGCGAACGGCACCGCAAACCCAAGCAGCUCCAGUAAAUGUGAUGUGAAACUAGAGCUGGCCUUCGAGUACUUGAUGAGUAAAGACCGCCUGCAGUGGGUCACCAUCACCAGUCCACAGGCCAUCAUGAUGAGUAUCUGUCUGCAGGCUAUGGUGGAUGAGCUAAUGGUGAAGAAAUCUGGCGGAAGCAUUAAAAAGCAGAUGCAGAAGAAGCGACUGAACGGCACGUUCCAGCGGUCUGACAGUCAGCAAGCUGUGAAAUCUCCUCCGUUACUGGAUUCCCCUGAUCCUAGCCGUGAACAAGUAGUCAAACUCUCUACCAAGCUGUCUUCUGUCUCCCUGAGAGGACUUAGUUCUUCCAAUUCAGCCAGUGACAUCAGUGGCAAUGAUUUCCAUGGAAACUAUGCUUUUGAAGGAAUAGGGGACGAUGACCUCUGAUGGAGUCGUCCUCAUAGACUGGAUCAGGAGUCUGAUUCAUUUAGCGGUUUCUCUGCGUUGAGUGUAGUUUAAUAGAUGCCCAGUUCUGCAAUAGUGUAACCCCUUUCUGAGGGUCUCAGAAAUGGCCCGUGAAGCCUCUCGUCAGUUUUAUGAGCGGCCUCAGAUUCAGUGCUCGCUCAAUUAAAGUCAAAAAAUGGGAUAAUUUCAGUUUUGAGGCAUAAUUGGAGAUUUCAAAGGUUCCAUAUGCCCCUCAGGGGAGGUUACAGGAUUCAGGAAAGACGUUAAUUUAAGGCUGUGAUGGAAGUUUCUUCUGCAGACGGCUUCAUUGAAUCAUACUUCCUUUCCAUCUCAUUUUUCUCUUGCUCCUGAAUUUAGUUGCCUACUAGAGCAAGAUCCAUACCAGCAAACUGACAUGUGUUGAUGUUCCUUUUAAAAUCUAUUAAGAUUAUUAUUUAAUAGAGAAGUGGUCUGCUUCGUAUCGUGCUGUGUGUCAAUGUUGCUCAACCUAUUGUGUGGUAGCAACAAUAUGACCUGUAGCUUGGUAGAUCUCUGCAGAUUUUUUUUGUUCUCUUCUGGAGAGGGAAUCUUGCAGCUAACUCGACCUGAUGCCUACUGCAUAUUCUAGAUGAAAUUGUGGCCUGUUUGUUCUCUGCCUUACGCUGAUUCAACCGCCUUACAGUUCAACUUCUCAAAAUGAAAAUAAAAUGUAGCGCCGGACACAAGUUUUCUCAUUCUGGCCUCAGCUGUGUCCUGAAUCUCGCUUUGUUUUGGUGUUUGCACUAGCUAAACCCAUGUUUUUUUUUUUGUUUUGCACAGUAUUAAGAAAGAUGGAUGAUUUGGGUAUUUAUUGAGAUAUUGACUGUGGGAAAACAUCCUGGAACAUCCGCUAGAGGUUUGUAGGUCUGUCAAUUGAUUUUUCUUUUUUUUUGCGCUUUUUGUCCGUGUUCUGUUAUUCAAACCAAUAUAUUAAAAAAGGUUUGUCAUAAAUGCCAAAAUUAUAGUUCACUAAAGCAUUUUGCACAGAAAAGUAAAAUUAUGGUAAUAUCACUUUUAUAAAUGUACAUGCAAUUAAAAAAAGAAGUAUUCAGAAUAUUUACUAAUACCUGUAUUAUCUUUAGUAUAUUACAAAAAAAGAACAGUUGAUCAAAUAUAAUCUAAGCUGUGUAAAAAAAAAUAAACUAACAGUUAUCAGUGUUUACAAAAUUGUAGAAAAUUGUCAAAAAAGGAGUGUUUACAAAUUUCACAUUUAAAUUUCAGUGAUUGUCUUUGUACACUUUAUUUUGAAGAAUAUAUCAUUCCAAUUUUUCAUUUAUAUAUACAUAAAAUCCAUUUUGUAUUUUACAAAUGGCAAUCAUCUCAGAGAUCUGAUCACAUUGUGCUUGGGAAAUGGCUGUAUUUCACAUUUAUGCUGGGGUUUUGACUGUCUGCAUUGAUUGUCAUACUAAAUGAAAUCCUCAUAUCUCAUCCCAGAUGAUUCCCCGUUGUGCAGAAUGUUUAAUGCGAAGAUUGUUUAAAUGUUCUGAUACUUUGUGCUGUAUGGCUGACUAUUUUUUAACUGAUGACUGUCAUUUGUGAUUGCCAUGUUAAUAUGUUCGCCAGCAUCAUCUAGGAUGAAAAGAGUAAACCGUCUGUACUCUUAAAUCUUGUACAUCUCUCAUAAAGCUUAUGAGCAUGAUUUAUUUUUUAAAUCGUCAGUUCAUUUUAGAAUGGAAUUUAGAGCCUUCUGAGUUUCAAUAAACUUAGGUGCCAAACAAAUCUA